GAAAUUUAUGAGAAUUUAGCUCUUGAUGUACAAAAUCUACAUUCACAACGGUAUCCAGGAUACAAGUACAAACCUUCUCCCCCUCGUGCAAAACCAUCCCCAGCUCACAAAUCCAAUAAUGGACAUUACCAACCUUACAUAAUUCCACAAAAAACACUCGUUGUACCAACAUCAUUUCAGCCGAUACCUCUAAAUCAGACCAUCCAUCCAACCACAGAUUCGUUUCUUUACUUUACACAAGAAGAUAUUGAUUUGUUUAACUUAUACUGA